CGGCUUGGCGCGGGUCCUGAAGCGCGUUCUCAGAUUACUCUCUCCUCUGGCCACUGGUCAGUGGACUGUUACUGGUGACCGCUUUAAUCUCAUUUGUAGCAGUUUUAUCAUGUUAACAGCUGGCAUGCUGCCCUGUUCUUAAGAACAAUACUCAUUCAUUCUUUUAGGGCUAUCAAGUUGUGUCUCAGGCGUGAGUUAAACUGAAAUCCGAUAAGUUUUGGCUGGUCUCUUGCUAACUUAACCCAGCUAACUAACUCAACGCUUCUUCAGUUUCUGAAAUUACAAUAAGAUCUGCACAGAACAAACCAGAGACCUCUUCACCAUAUAUGAUCCAGACUGAAGCAUGAUGAAGCAUACAUUCAGGUGGUGCCAGACUCCCCCCUCAGUAACUGUCCGGGUCAAACCCAACAGUGCGCGCUCCCUCCAGAUCAGAAGAGGUCUCCGGCUGAAAAGAGCCAACGGCCAAGAUGCACAGGGCCCACCAGAGAAGAGCCAGCCGAGCCAGUGUCGGGAUGAGAUGUAUUAUGCCACAGUGACCAUGCCUCCAACUAUUGUCAUUCAGCGACAGGAGAUGGCAUCGUACUUCAGACUUUUUGUUGAUGACCUAAUCCUAGACUUUCUCUGGAUGGACUGUUGCUGUAAAAUGACAGACAAGUAUCUUCUAGCCAUGACCUUUGUGUACUUCAAACGGGCCCACUUCACUAUUGCUGAAUACACCAGGAAGAAUUUUUUCAUUGCACUGUAUCUUGCCAACACCAUGGAGGAGGAUGAGGAGGAGAAUAAGUAUGAGAUUUUUCCAUGGGCGCUGGGCAAGAACUGGAGGAAGCAGUUUACCCGCUUCCUCAAGCAGCGAGACAAGCUUUGGGCUCGCAUCGAGUACAGAGCUGCUGUCAGCAGGCGCUGCUGUGAAGAGGUGAUGGCCAUUGUGCCCUCUCACUUUGUGUGGCAGCGAGAGCGGUCAGAGCACCACAGCGGUGCCCAGCGGCAGUACGGUGACCGAAACCAAGCCCGGAUUCCCCGCGGGCCCACCGCCUCCCCGGUCCUCUGUGCCCUCUGUAACCGCAGCACCAGAUUAGAUCAGGGCCCAGACUUCUCUUUUCCCUCUGGAGGCUCCCCUGCACAGACCCCACUGCCAUUCGCCUCCGUGCUGAGUUUGGAGAAAACCCCACCCAGGGCCGUCGCCUCUCACAGGAAGGUGGUGGAGACUAAACGCCAGGCGCAGCAUUCCUCUUGCUGCUGUGCUGAUGAGGUUCCCAGUAGGUAUCACUAAUCCAGGGGAUGAGUCCUCCGGAUCCAUAUACGACACCUCCAUGGACUGGAUCAGCAAGGAGUAGAGCAUCACCUCACCUCAGCAGUUUCACUACUUCCCUCUUUGUAGCAGUUCUGUGUGUUACCGUCUCUCCUCUUGGCUUUAAUACCACUUUUACUCUAAAGUAAAGGUCUAAAUCACAAGUGGGACUCAUUACUUUGUUUUCAUCUACUACAAUAUAAACAAUAAUACUGAUUCAACAGAACUGAUCAGAACAAAUUUCAUCCUGUCAGUAACCGUUCCAGUAAGAAAGUAGCCGUAACAAUGAACUAAUGUCAUUCUGUACAUCAUUCUCUGAUGAAAACAUGCAGUAAGAUUAAUGUUGUCUGUAGUGGUACGCCGAAAAUUUUGUUUAUCCUACACUGAGUUCAUGGUAUUUAUUUAUUUAUUUAUUUAUUUAUUUAUUUAUUUAUUUAUUUACUGAAGCACUUGUGGAAUUCUUUUUACAACCAUUCAUUCACACGUUAUGUUAAUGUAUCUUAUGGCUGUAUUAAAGUUCAGACACUGGUGGAUGGAUGGACAACAUAGUGUUUCUCAUACAGGGAGUGAUUUUUUUAGUAUUGUUGCCAAAUGUGCCUGUUAACUGACCCGACACUGCCUCUUGAGUUUGAAUAAAGGCUUGAAUGUAA